AAUAAUUGGUCUGAGUGAGAGUAUGGACAAAUGUCAUUGUCAAUUUGGAAAAGGCAUUUUUACAGGUCGUCUUGAUGUGGCAGAAAUGAAUCUGACCAAAGCGUCCUUCGAACCAAACAUAUGCGCAACAUUGCGUAAGACGGUCGACUACUUACACUGCUUAUCUGGAACUCAUGAGUUGACGUCCCUUUCUUAUUAAUUCAAAGGUAUGGACAACUUUUGCAAGUGUCAUUUAGUUUAAAAUGAUGUAUUAUAUCAAAAGUUUGUGUACGUAAUUAAUGGUGUCUAUGCAGGUGAAUAACUACCACUUCUUCGGUAAAAAGCAGAGGGAUGGGGCUGGUGAAGUGUAACAACUCAAAUAGAUGGAGCUAUGGAUGCAAGGACUGACCAUUCAUGAUCUCAACAUGAUAGUUAAAAAAAAAUUGUUUAGGCUAUACCAUGUUUGUUUACAUUUAGCUAACGUUACUUUGGUUACAAAACAUUGGAGUAAAACAAGCUUAUAUGUUGGGUUCUGAUGGGGUACGACCAUUGAACGAAGCUCAUGAGGCAUUUAGCUAUGUUAUAUUUUUCAAGAAUGAAUGGGUACAUAAAAUUUACAAUAAACUUCCUUCACCAUGGAGUAGAGUUUAGUCCGCUAAUGGUUAAGUUAGCUAGCUAGCCUGUUAGCAUGUCUUUUCUGUUUGACAGGUUAGUUGCACUAGAAAAUAUUGCAUGAUUCGAUGCGUAGCUAUCUGCGCACAUCUGUUUGUGGAACUGUCUGUUUACUUACCAUAUUUUUAGCGAACGUUAGCGUUUGUUACCUGCAAGAGAUGUCACGUUAGUAUAGCAUAACUUAAGUUAGCAUAAACAAACAUGACAAAAACAGUAACGGUACUGCCUACUGUUAUGUAGCUAGCCUGCUAGUUUUAGCUGAGAUUGGAUGACUUGUGAAGUGGUUUGCAUCCAAUAGUCUGUACUAUUUCAUGAAGCGUUAUAUAUUGCCAGCCAUUAUAUUGUCUGACAUACCCAUCUCCGUCAUCAUUCUCCCCCCUUACCUAGGGAUGGCUUCGCUCUACAUCUCCCCCCACCCUGAUGACUUCAGGAGCCUCAUGGCCCUGGUCGCUGCAGAGUUCUGCCCCUCUCGGCCCUGCACACUCAUAGAGGACCCUCCUGCCUCCCUGGCCCUGUGCUCUCGCCCCAGCCUGGUGCUGGGCUCUGGGGGAGGUGAGGUGCUCUUUGGGGCCAGUGCUGUUGCAUGGUACCUAGCCUCUCAGGGGAAGAGGAUAGGGUCGAAUGCUAAGCAGGAGAGCCAGGUGUGGCAGUGGCUCAGCUUUGCAGACAAUGAGCUGACUCCUGUGUCCUGUGCUGUGGUUUUCCCACUGCUGGGGGUGAUGGAAGUGGAUAAGAAGCUUCAGCAGAGUUCUCAUGCUGAGAUGAUGCGCAUGCUCAACGUUCUAGAUAAGAACCUGGAGCCUAGAACAUUCCUGGUGGGAAACAGCCUCACUCUGGCUGACAUCGCUGUUGCAACUGCAGCACUCCUGCCCUUCAAAUACGCCUUGGAGCCGUCCAACAGGAAAGCCCUGACGAACGUGACCAGGUGGUUUCUGACCUGUGUCAACCAGCCUCAGUUUGUCAAGGUCCUGGGACAGAUCUCUCUGUGUGAGAAGAUGGUGCCCGUCACACCCAAACCCAGCGUUGCUCCUGUUCCUGCUGCUAAUGCUAAUCCAACUGCUGAUGCCAACGCUACCAAUGGCAAACCAAAGACAGAAGCUCAGCUGAAGAAGGAGGCUAAAAACAGAGAGAAGCUGGAGAAGUUCCAACAGAAGAAGAUGAUGGAGGAGAAGAAAAAGCAAGAAAAGAAACUGGCACCUCCGACAGAGAAAAAGGCCAAACCAGAGAAGAAGGAUCUGGGAGUGAUCUCAUACGACGUCCCCACCCCUCCUGGAGAGAAAAAAGACGUCCUGAGCCCCCUGCCAGACUCAUACAGUCCUCAGUACGUGGAGGCAGCCUGGUACUCCUGGUGGGAGAAGCAGGGAUACUUCAAACCUGAGUACGGGCGGAAGAGUAUCAGUGAGCCGAAUCCCCGUGGAGUGUUCAUGAUGUGUAUCCCUCCGCCCAAUGUGACGGGAUCUCUUCACUUAGGCCAUGCCCUAACCAACGCCAUCCAGGACUGUCUGACCAGAUGGCACCGUAUGCGUGGCGAGACGACCCUGUGGAACCCAGGCUGUGACCACGCGGGCAUCGCCACCCAGGUGGUGGUGGAGAAAAAACUGAUGAGGGAGAGGGGCUUGAGCCGUCACGACCUGGGGAGAGACCAGUUCAUCCAAGAGGUCUGGAAGUGGAAGAACGAGAAGGGAGACCGUAUCUACCACCAGCUGAAGAAGCUGGGUUCCUCUCUGGACUGGGACAGAGCCUGCUUCACCAUGGACCCUAAACUGUCCAAUGCAGUCCAGGAGGCGUUCAUUCGUCUGCAUGAGGAUGGCGUAAUCUACAGGAGCAAGAGGCUGGUCAACUGGUCCUGCACCCUCAACUCUGCCAUCUCGGAUAUAGAGGUGGAUAAGAAGGAGCUGACUGGCAGGACUCUGCUGCCCGUGCCUGGCUACAAGGACAAAGUGGAGUUUGGAGUACUGAUCUCCUUCUCCUACAAGAUAGAGGGAUCAGAUGAGGAGGUGAUUGUGGCGACCACUCGUAUAGAGACCAUGCUGGGAGAUUCUGCUGUGGCCGUCCACCCUGCCGACCCCAGAUACCAGAACCUUAAAGGGAAGAUGGUGCUUCAUCCCUUCUGUGACAGGAUGAUGCCCAUUGUGUUUGAUGAAUUUGUGGACAUCAACUUUGGAACAGGUGCUGUGAAGAUCACCCCAGCCCAUGACCGUAAUGAUUAUGAGCUUGGAAACAGACACAACCUGGCCUUCAUCAACAUCCUGGAUGAGAACGGCCUGCUCAUCAACGUACCGGCUCCAUUCUUGGGUAUGAAACGUUUCGAAGCAAGGAAGGCUGUGCUACAGGCUCUGAAGGACAGAGGCCAGUUCAAGGAGUCCAGAGACAACCCCAUGGUGGUGCCGGUCUGCAGUCGUUCUAAGGACAUAGUGGAGCCCCUGCUGAAGCCUCAGUGGUAUGUGAAUUGUGCUGACAUGGGCAAGCAGGCAGCUGACUCGGUCCGGGAGGGAAGACUCAAAAUCAUCCCAGACCACCACCAUAAGACCUGGUUCAACUGGUUGGACAACAUCAGGGACUGGUGUAUCUCCCGUCAGCUGUGGUGGGGUCACAGGAUCCCAGCCUACUUUGUCACUGUGAAUGACCCUUCAGUCACACCAGGAGAGGACAUGGAUGGUCAUUACUGGGUGAGUGGGAGGACAGAGGAGGACGCCAGAGAUAAAGCUGCCAAGCGCUUCAACGUCUCCACUGACAAGGUCACCCUCAGACAGGGUAAGAUCUUCUCUCAAAUGAUGAUCAUUUACAGUGGAAUGGAGUAUUUUGCCCAGGGAUUUUUGUUCACUUCCUGUGUUACAGAUGAGGAUGUCCUGGAUACAUGGUUCUCCUCUGGUAUUUUCCCCUUCUCCAUCUUCGGCUGGCCCAACGAGACCCAGGACCUGAGUGUGUUCUAUCCAGGUAGCCUGCUGGAGACAGGUCAUGACAUCCUGUUCUUCUGGGUGGCCCGCAUGGUGAUGAUGGGCCUCAAACUCACCGGCAAGCUGCCCUUCAAAGAGGUGUACCUCCAUGCGGUGGUGAGGGACGCCCACGGGAGGAAGAUGAGCAAAUCUCUGGGGAACGUCAUCGACCCCCUGGACGUCAUCACAGGCAUCUCUGUGGAGGGUCUGUACAGCCAGCUGCAGGACAGUAAUCUGGACCCAGUAGAGGUAGAGAAGGCCAAGCAGGGACAGCAGUCUGACUACCCCACUGGUAUCCCAGAGUGUGGCACAGAUGCCCUCCGCUUCGCCCUGUGUGCCUACACCAGCCAAGGCAGGGACAUUAACAUGGAUGUGAAUCGUAUCCUUGGUUACCGUAACUUCUGUAACAAGCUGUGGAAUGCUGUGAAGUUUGCCAUGAGAACGCUGGGAGGCAACUUUGUUCCUUCAGAGAAAGCCCAGCUGUGUGGGGAGGAGAGCGUGUCAGACCGGUGGAUUCUGUCCCGUCUGUGUUCUGCUGUGGGUCUGUGUAAUGCAGGGUUCCAGGCCUACGACUUCCCAGCUAUCACCACAGCCAUCUACAACUUCUGGCUCUACGAGCUCUGUGCCAUCUAUCUGGAGAGUGUGAAGCCAGUGUUCUCCAGGGCGGAGGAAGACAGUGGGUCUCAGAGCCAGGCUGAAGUCUGCAGACAGACCCUGUUCACCUGCCUGGAGACCGGCCUGCGUCUCCUAGCUCCCGUAAUGCCCUUCGUGGGCGAGGAGCUCUACCAGAGGUUGCCACGGCGACGAUCCCAGGAUGACUGCUCUAGUAUCCAUGUCACGCCCUACCCUGAGAUUGAGGUGUUCUGCUGGCAUAGUGAGGACGUGGACCGUAAGAUGGAGUUUGUGAUGACCGUGGUCCGUACCAUCCGUUCACUCAGGGCCGACUACAACCUGACCAAGACACGCGCCGAUUGCUACCUCCAGUGUAUAGACAGUGAGACGAUGUCUCUGGUGGAGCAGUACAGUCUGCAGAUCCAGACCCUGUCUCUGUCCCAGACCAUCCAGCCCGUCCCAGCCACCGGGGCCGUCCCAGAGGGCUGUGCUGUGGCCAUUGCCUCCGACAGGUGCACCGUCCACCUCAUGCUCAGGGGUCUGAUAGACUUGGAGAAGGAGAUGGCCAAGCUGACUAUGAAGAAGGGAGAGCUGGAGAAAACAAUGGAUAAACUGAGAAAAAAGAUGGAUAAGAGUGACUACAAGGAGAAGGUGCCUGUUAAAGUACAGGAUCUGGACACUGAGAAGCUGCGUCAGAGCCAGACGGAGCUGGAGAAAGCAACAGAAGCCAUAGACAACUUCAAAACAAUGGUGUAACCUCUCCGUCCCCUUUUACAACAUUUCUUAGUGAGCUCCAAAAGUAUUGUGACAGUGACUUAUUUUGUUUUGGCUCUGUACUCCAGCACAUUGGAUAUGAAAUUAUACAAUGACAACAGGUUAAAGUGCAGACAUUUAGAUUUAAUUUGAAGGUAUUUUCAUCCAUGUUGGGUGAACGCCACCAUGAUUACGAAUGAGACAUUUAGACAUGACUUGUGCCUAACUUUGAUCAUUAUACGCAAUCAUGGUAGAAUCCAUAAUGUUCUAUUCUUAUUUACAAUAAGUGACUAAGUCAUUUAUAUUGGACACAAUUCUGAAACACAACCCCCCCAAAAGUGCUGUCAUUUCUCAACGGUUCACCCAAUAUGAAUGAAAAUACUGAAGUUAAAGCUGACAGUCUAAUUUAAUCCAAAACAACAAUUUCACUAUUCCCCCUCCUGUUAUCAUGUCGAAGGAUUCUCUGGAGGGAAAUGAAUAAAGACCUUGUAUUAGA